CGCCCCUUUGUUGGCUCAGCGACGGGCGCUGCGCGGUGUCUCCCGGAGACCGGAACCGGGGGCGGGGGGGGGAGCUGUCCGGGAGCCAGGAAGCCAGGACUGACCGACGGCAAUCCCUGAGACGGACUGUGUGCGCGGCGGCAGGAGGGGAGCGGCCACCAUUCACCCCCGGGAGUGCGCAGUGACCGGAGCGCGCACAGGGGAGGGGCGGGGACUAUCCAGGGGGGCCACAGGCCUCACAGCCCCGGAGAUACCGAGAGAGGGGGAGAGACAGGCCUCACAGGGCCCCAGGCACCCAGCAAGGCACCCAGCAAGGCACUCAGCAAGGCACUCAGUGUACAGACUGCAGCCCAUAGAGCAGGCACUCAGUAUACAGACUGCAGCCCAUAGAGCAGGCACUCAGUAUACAGACUGCAGCCCAUAGACCACCCACUCAGUGUACAGACUGCAGCCCAUAGACCACCCACUCAGUGUACAGACUGCAGCCCAUAGACCACCCACUCAGUGUACAGACUGCAGCCCAUAGACCACCCCAGUCACUCAGUAUACAGACUGAAGCCCAUAGAGCAGGCACUCAGUAUACAGACUGCAGCCCAUAGAGCAGGCACUCAGUAUACAGACUGCAGCCCAUAGAGCAGGCACUCAGUGUACAGACUGCAGCCCAUAGACCACCCCAGUCACUCAGUGUACAGACUGCAGCCCAUAGACCACCCAGCAGGCACUCAGUAUACAGACUGCAGCCCAUAGACCAGCCUUGUAUCAGGGAUCACAGAGAGCAGGGUCCACCCCAGCCUGGUGUUAGGGAUCACAGAGAGCAGGUCCCCCCAGACUAUUAGGGAGCCCCAGCCUGGUAUUAAGGAUCCAUGGUGCUAUUCACCCUGUGACAUACAUUGAAUUUUGUAUUAGUAGGUGGGAGUGUGCAUCAAGUAUUUUGUAUCUUUCCACUCCAUUGUUAUAAGAUUUCAUUUACUGACCACCCCCCCUUUCCAUUCCUGUCUAUAUGGAGACAUGUGGAAAGGAUAUUUACACGUAUUUAUUGAGGUUGGCAAGUUCUAGCAAUUCUAAUCAUUAUAUGACAUAAAUCUGCUCACUACUGGGUAGUUGUUUUUUUUUCUCGAUAUCACGAUAAAGGUAAAAAAACAAAAAACAAAAACACCAUUCCAUUGAUAAAGGAAAUCUUAGAACCAUUUACAGGGUAAAAAAAAACAAAGAAGCAAAAAAGAAAUCUUCCUUAGGCCUUUCUUUAUAUGUAUUAUUGCUCCGCUCUAGAUACUGAAACUGAAAAAAAUAAUACUUUUACAGAUUCCGUGUGAUAUAGGAAUUUUUGAGGUGACCUUAACAAAAGUAGGUGACCUUUUUCAACUGAUGGUCAGUUUGAUACUAACUGGAGCAGUGUGAUCAGACCUAAAUCAAGAAAGUUAACUCUUGUGUGUGGGAGGCAAGAAAGUUCAUUAUUGUUAGAAUUUGAGAUUACAUCUGUGUUCUAUUGCUUCAUAGAAUUCAUUUUUAUGAUUCGUGACCAUAGCCAUUUGAGAGCUAUCCUAUAAGUUAGUUUCAGGAGUUGGUUCACAGCAAUUUCUGUUUACCCUUAUCUGGGAUCAUGGACUCAGAUGAGGGAUACAACUAUGAGUUUGAUGAUGAGGAGUGUAGUGAGGACAGUGCAGCUGACGAACAUGAUGAUGAGUUGGAACUGGGAGAAGUAGAACUGGUGGAAGCUGGGCUUGGUGGAUCAGAGCGAGCCGGGCUUUGUGGGGAAGGAGGGGGGAGUGCCCUUGGGCCAGGCCCUGGUGGAGAUGAAGAUGAGGAUUACCGUUAUGAAGUCCUCACUGCUGAACAGAUACUUCAACAUAUGGUGGAAUGCAUCCGGGAAGUGAAUGAAGUCAUCCAGAAUCCAGCUACUAUCACUAGAAUACUUCUGAGUCAUUUUAACUGGGACAAAGAGAAACUAAUGGAAAGGUAAGAACAUAGGGUCGUCAUCCUUCUCCUGUUUUAUUUUACAUCUGUAUAAGGUGAGAAAUUGACCUUUGCUAUCUGGUCAGAAAAGCAAAAACACCCAGGUUUUAUCAUACGUGAGGUCAGAACACAGAAUGUGCCAAGACUCUGUUUAGUUGUGCAGAUUACAAGCCUACCUCACCAAAUGUUAACAGAUCUUAUGAACUGCAGUUUUAACAAGCACUCCCCUUUUUUCAGUCUCUUCACAGGGAAAAAACUUCUCAUUGAGACACCUUUAAAUUGUUGCUCGCGCGCACCUCUGAUCUGUGUGGGAGGAGGCAAGUAUGCUCUACUUGAGCGUGCCUGCCACUUCCGUUGGCUUAGGGGAGUUGACGGAAGUAGGCUGCCUACCUCUCUGGCUCAUUGUUUGACAACCAGUGGGGUGCUCCCUUGUUAAUUUCUAAAAGUGUUGAUUUCUCAUAGAAAUCAGUACUUUUAUAAAUUGGGGUUAAACUAGGAUACUCCUCACCCAUGAAGCACUUCACCAAGCUGAAGUGAUUUUGUGAUGUGGAGUGAUCCUUUUAGCUGCAAAUAACUCCUGUUUUAGAUACAAAAUAUGAGAAAUCAUUUACAAUGACUCAUGCUUAUAUAAAUGCUUAAGCCCUUUGUGUAAUUCAAAAUACUGCAAUCUUGGUUGGUCAUAACAAUGUCAUGUAAGGGCUGAAAGAUUUAAAGGGAACCAAUAGUCGCAAACAAACAAAACAAUAGUUAGUUCUGAAAUGUAGGCUCCCUUCAGUCCGGCCUCCUUUUGCUUUUUAGAAAAACGUACAGGGUUAUUCACUGAAGUUAGAAUUGAUGGUAACUUCAAAUUCUAAAAAGCUGCAAUGUUUUGCAAAAUGAAAGGACCAAUGCACCCAGGCCACUUCAUGAUAUUGUUUGUAAAUUACUUGCUUCUAUGCAUCCACGUUGUAUAGUGCAGCGGAUAGUGUUGGUGCUGUAAAAUAAUGCCUAUAUUAUUAAAGGAACUUUCCAGUCAUUAUAACCACUAUAAUGGUCAGGGUCCUGGAGGGGCCCGCAGCACACUCUUUCUUACCUUCCCAGCAGCUCCCUUCAGCACCCCUGUGUAACUCUCACGAGUCCCGCGGCCUGUGUGACUGUGUGAGAGUUAUACAGGGGAGUUGCUGGGAAGGUAAGUAAGAGUGUUGCUGGGAUUGCCGUGGGCCCCCCAGGGAAUGCCAUAUCCCCCCUCCCUGGCCAGGUAAGAAGCAGGGAGGGGGGACUAAAACAAAUUUAAAAAAAUUUAUAUUAUAAAAUAAAAAUGCCCCACCCCCAUUUUACUCACAUUAUAUACCUACACAUACACACACUACACAAACACACUGCAUUCACACUACACAAACACACUCUGCAUUCAUUAUACACUUACUGCAUUCACUAUAUACACACUACACACACACACUUUGCAUUCAUUAUAUACACACUACACAAACACACACCCUGUAUUCAUUAUAUAUACACUAUACACACACACCCUGUAUUCAUUAUAUAUACACUAUACACACACACACACUCACACUCAGAAUCGGUAAGUUAUCGGCUACACAUUUCUUUUGAACAUUUUUCCUGCAAAACCACAACUGUCUAGUUCGUUAAUUCUCAUAGAUUUAACAUUGCCCAAUAUUUCUACAGUACUAGUUGUUCACUAUAUAGUGGGCCCUGGUCUUUUUGGGCUGAGUUAAAAAGCGCUGUUCUAGUAGGUUUUCAGUGAAUUCGCGUUUGUAUGUCCAUAAUUCUUGAUCUAAAUAACUUUUUUCCGGUCUAAGCGAAUAACUUGUUGCAUGUCUUCACAGGUAUUUUGAUGGGAACUUGGAAAAACUUUUUUCAGAAUGUCACGUUAUUAACCCUAGUAAAAAGUCAAGAACGCGCCAAAUGAACACUCGUUCCUCUGCCCAAGACAUGCCCUGUCAGAUCUGCUACUUGAAUUACCCCAAUUCAGUAAGUGUUUCAAAACAAAAUUACUUGGUGUUUCCGUUAUGCUGUGGAUUAGAUCAUUACUAGCAGUACUGUAUGGCAUAUACUCUAAUCUCUUAACAUUUUUAUCAUUUGGCAUGUGAGCAAUUUUCGGCAAGGACUCACAGAAGAAUCGAUUUACUUAUAGUUGGAAAAUGCCAUGUAGACAUAAAGAGUUAGGUACAGAUUAAAAAGACAUGGGUGUCUUUGUGCACAAGAGUGUCUCUAGCUUCUAGAUUAUUAAUUGGAUCAUGGGAUGCACAUGCCACUAGGUGUAGAGGGUGCUCCAAACACUGGCCCUAACAGAAAAGAAACCCUGUAACCUACGUAGAGGUCCUUCCUGAAAUGAACCAACUGCUAACCCCCUCUAAUGAGGUUUAAGUUUAACCUAAUAAAACGAAAACUUUGAGAAGAACUAAAUUAGAACUUAUCUCUCAAAGGUUUACAGAAAACAUAAAUUUUUUUUGUUAGUAAAAGUGCGAUUUGUAAUCCCUUUUGACAUUUAUGAUCAAGUUGUGAUGUAUAAUAGUUUACAACUUUUUGGACACGUUCAAGAAUCUAUUGCUGUAAUUCUCUGCUUCCUCUGUAAAAGUAUUUUAUUCUAUUUCCUUUACUUGGUACACUCUCAAAUAAUCCAUCAAUGUUGACUGCAAAUCGUGUUGAUCACUGCAUACUUCAUGUUUUUUCGUCGCUGCUUAGCAGUUUUUAAAGAUCUCAUAACUGUUUUUCCUCUUCAGUAUUUCACAGGCCUUGAAUGUGGUCACAAGUUUUGUAUGCAGUGCUGGAGCGAGUACUUAACCACAAAAAUCAUAGAGGAAGGAAUGGGACAGGUAAUAUUGGGGAAAACACUUAAUGAGUGGGUAGCAGGCAUAGUCUUGUUGACUUUUUUUUUGCUUCCAUUUAUGUCUCUUCACUUUUGUAUUUAAUCUUUUCUGAUCCAAUCUCUAUUGUCCACGAUGUUUAAUUACACACUUGUUGUUUUCUCCCCCAGACUAUCUCCUGCCCAGCCCAUGGCUGUGAUAUCUUAGUUGAUGACAAUACCGUAAUGUAA